AUGCCAUCAACAUUGUUGAAGAAGGUGAGGCUGCCGGCAGCUUACAAUCCAUGGCAAUGCUGUCUCUGUACUCCAUGCCCCAGCCCCCCACGGAAGCGCCUGAAGCAAGAGUCGUGCUGUCCUUCGCAGUCGCGGACCUAUGCAGACGUCAGGUCAGAUCGAGGCUAUGAGUUUCGAGACAACAUGAAUUGGCCCUGUCGGCGGAGCUCCCAUUUUACGCCUUCACCCUACGAGAUCUUUGGUCUAGACAAGCAUGCAGUCUAUACCAAACACAAAUUCUACGAGUUGGUGAAGAUUUACCAUCCCGACAGGAAUAGCCACAACUCCCUCGGCAGUGAGCUGAGCGACAUUGAAAGAGUGGAGAGAUACAGAUUGGUAGUGCAGGCGCAUGAGAUCCUCUCCGAUCCCGUCAAGCGAAGGGCAUACGAUGCAUCUGGCGCAGGAUGGGGGCAAACGAGGACAGCAACCAGACACUCGUACGGAUAUACAAACCCCGAAGGGAAACGGUAUGGCUUCGGGCCGGAUGACGAUUCGUCCAUAUUUCAAAAUGCUACUUGGGAAGACUGGGAACGAUGGUAUCGACGGUACGAGAAACCCAAAGAUCCUCCAGCGACGUAUCUCCACCCCAAUGCAUUCGCAUCCAUUGUCAUCCUCCUGGCGGUCAUCGCUGGAGUCCUCCAGGCCACAAGAGCGGGACAAUUCACUGGAUCAAUCGAAGAGCGGGCACAAGCCUUCACCGAGGAAACCAAUCGAUUUCUCGCAUCGAGGAAGGAUCACUUUGAAGAAAACGACAUCAAGGGAACGGGCCGUGUCAAGCACUUUCUAGAGAAGCGCGAUCCCGCGAAGUAUGGGUUGAAGCAAGAAGAGGAGGAGGUCUAUCGGACUCAUUUCGCUAACCCGGUCUUGCAGCCGGUCCCAAAUCUGAAGGGCUCGGAGAAGCAAGGCCAGACCUUCUGA